GGGCCAGGCCAGUCUUGAUGGCAGGGUUGCGCGAGUUAGGUUAGCGAGGUCCCGCCGCCAGCACACGCCCUCAUCGUCACCUCCCGCACUCAUACACACACACACACACACAGAACACACCUACAUGCCCCGCCGUCUCGCUGCCAUCGCUCCCUCGAAGUCGUCCCUCGUAGUCGUCGUCCACCUUGUCAAACGCCGGUCGUUGUGUGUCGUCGUCGUCGUCCUCGUUUCGUCGUUAAAUUAUGUGAUUCGUUAACUUAUAUAUUUUUGUAGUCAGUUUAGAGUUAUUUAGUUUUUUUAAGUACCCGAGAAGAGAGAACGCAAAGAAAACAUAGACAAAAGAACCGAAGACAAUAAACAACAACAAAUAAUCGACAAGACAAAAAAAAGACAUGUCCAACUCGUGCGGUAGUGCGUAGCAUACACUUUGUUUUCUAAGGAGACUUAUAGAUCAAAAGCAAGAGAAAAAAACAACAACAAGAAAACGAAAAUUAACGAAAGGAAAAAGACAAAAAAUCACCCACCCCUCCCCCACCCCCACCCCCCACGGAGCAUUCCAAGUGCCAUCUCAGAGGGAAAGAACUCUCUCCCUUCCUUUUUUCCCCCUCCGUCAUUUUCUUUCUACUUCGCGUGAGUCUCCUCCUCAACCGCCAAGAUGUGGGAGAAAUUAGUGAGAGAUAUGAAGAUUAAUCUCUUCUCGGCAGAUCUUAUGCCUCUCAAAUUCCUCUUCUUCAUGCUGUUUGCAGCCAACACGACGCUGUACCCGUACCUGGCUGUCCACCUGCAGUCCCUGGGCUUCGGCGCGGACAAGGCGGCCGUGGUGUUCGCCAUCAUCCCGCUCGUGUCCAUCAUGGGGCCUCCCGUCGCAGGCGCUGUGGCGGACAAGAUCGGCAACUUCAAGCUGUUCUUCUCCGUGAUGGUGGCAGUGUCGGGCCUGCUGUCACUGUUCCUGCUGGUGAUCCCCGCAGUGCCAGUGCCUCCGGGCCUCUCGCUCACUCUCCUCACCGACCAUCUCGAGCCUGAGUACCAAGACGUCAACAAACUCGCCGAGGUGUUGCCCAAAGAGGAGUCGGGCAAGACGGUCGACGCGGAGUACCUGCAGUUCAUCGUCAUCACCAACCAGUCCGGCUGCGACAUCUAUGACGAGUAUCAGACGACUAUGGAUGGUAUUAACAAGAUCAACAUCGGGUCCGCGGAGCCCAAGGCCACCGCUAACCUGACCCUCAUCCAGAAGACGAGCAACUUCUCCCUGAUGGCCGUCACCACCCACCACCCUCUGUACUGCCCGACGGGCGUGCCCCUCCGCCCGCUCUCCAAGGGGGCCGAGGCGCUGCUGCCGGAGAUCCUGAUGGACUACAACACCUCGGCGCUCGACAUGAAGAACGGCAACCUGUCGACGGACGAGGACGCUUGGUGGCGGAGCGGUUGCGACGUCAAGGUGCCCGGCCUGUGCGAGCCGCAUCAUGCUGACAUCAUCGGCGCCGAGGCCCUCUCCUUCUGGACGUACCUCUUCGCCAGGACCUUCCUCAACGGCGCCGUCAACGCCGCCUUCACGCUCUUCGAGGGCGCCACGCUGUCGCUACUUAAGAGGCACGAGGGAGACUACGGUCUGCAGAGGCUGUGGGGCUACAUGGGAAGCAUGGUAUUCACGCCUUUCUCUGGCUGGCUCAUCGAUACCAUGAGUUACGGAAGCAGCACCCCGGAUUUCAGACCCGCUUUCUACCUGUUCGUGGGUCUGCAAGGUCUGGCCGGCCUCGUUGCCCUCUCGGUAGACCUCAAGUUCAAGCCUCCGAGCGACCAAGUCAUCAAGAACAUCUGGAGGUUCUUGCAUAAUGUGGAAGUCAUCAUGCUGUUCGUCGCGAUGGGACUGUCUGGUGCGUUCUUCGGUUUCCUGGAAGCUUUCCUCUUCUGGUUCCUGGGGGAUCUGGGCGCCUCUCGCUCCCUGAUGGGUCUCACCGUGACCGUGGGCGCCGCCGCUGCCAUCCCGCUGCUGAUCGUCAUGACGCCCAUCGUCAGGAAGUUCGGGCACAUCUGCGUCAUCGCUAUGGGUUUCCUGGGCUACGCUAUUCGGUUUGCAGGUUACGCCUCCAUCUACAACCCCGUCAGCGCCCUCUACUUCGAAGCUCUGGAGGGCGUGACGAUGGGCCUCAUGCUGUCGGCGGGAAUGACCUACGCCUCUGAGCUGUCCACCACCAAGACGGUCGUGUCCCUCCAGGCGCUCUCGGGCACGCUGCACUACGGCGUCGGAAAGGGCGCGGGCAGUCUCGUCGGGGGCUACAUGUACCAUCACCUCGGAGCUCGCAAGACCUUCCGCCUGAUGACCGUCGCUAGCUUGCUGAGCGCCAUUAUCUUCUUCAUCUUCCACAUCUUCAUCAACCACCGCAACAAACUCCGCAAGCUGAACAACGAGGACGUGAUGCUGAUCGACGACGAGGAGAUGGAGAUUAUUAAGCUCAAGGAAACGGACAAGAGCGUGCGCAAGGUGAAGCGCAGAGAAAACGGGAAGACGAAGAAGGGGCUGUCAGAAAACGGCAUCUACGAGUACAAGUUAAGGGUGCCUAAGCUGGACGCCGAGACCCAGACUGACGACGUGGUGAUCCUUGAACCCGCUCCUGCCGAGAUUGUAGUUGAGCCUGUGACGCCCGUGGAACCCAUUGCACCUGCCGAGCUUGCAACCCCCGAGCCAUCCUUCGACGAACCGAUCGCCGACGAACCGUCUUACGUCGAACCAGCUUCAGAGGAACCGGAGCCUGUCAAGCCCUACCUUGGUGACGAGGAGGAAUGCUAAUUUGUUUUUGUUUAUUUUUGUUUUUUUCCGAGACUACUGCAGCUCAUUCACUCUGAUCUAAUCAGAUAUGUUUACCUAACUAAUUGCUUUUUAUGAUGGUUGCACUAUAUAAAUCCAUAGAAAUUAACUUCUCUGUCGUUAGACAGUUUAAUAAAUUUGUAUAGCUUAA